AUGGAGGCCAUCGCAGGACUCAGCCUUGCUGCUAACAUCCUACAGGUCGUAGACUCCACCAAGAAAGUCUUAUCAUCUGUAAACCAAAUUCGCCAGUCAGGUUCCACUGUACAGAACUCAGAGAUUGGACGGUUAGUUGCCGACUUCACGGCGCUGAACGAACGCAUCACAUUAUGGGCUCGUCCCAAUCCGGCCAGUUCGGGCCCAUUGGCCCAAGACAGCCAGGCACUCGAGGAUCUGGCUGCUGAGUGCACAAAGAUUGCUCGGGAACUUAUCGCUGAACUCGAGCCGUUGCGAUCUGCCAAAGACGCAGCUAGAUACAAAACGAUUCUUAGCGCUCUAAAAACAUCUUGGAACGCGAAAAAGAUCGAGGAUAUCAUGUCACGACUUCAGGCAAUGCGUGAUGAGCUUCAGUUUCGAAUUCUGGUGUCCAUCAGGGACGAUCAACUACAAGGUCUAGAUGAGACGAGCCGGACAGCGAUGCUGAGCAUAGUGGAGAGCAACAAACAACUUGGCACGACAAUAACUUCACAAACCGAGAAGAUCAUACAACGGCAAGAGAUAGAAAGUUCUUUGGCAUCGAAACGUUACAACGAGACCCUACAUGCCAUCACCAAACAAAGGUCAGAAAAGUAUAGCAUAAAGGAUGUCCCACGCGCAAUCACGAAUAAGUUAAACUUCUCGCGGAAAGACGACAGAUUCGACGAUAUCGAACCUGCGCAUCGGAACAACUUCAAUUGGGCACUAGAGAAAAGAGAUUCCUCAAGCUGGCCAAGCCUUGCAGACUGGCUUCGCCAAGAUGGUGGCGUAUAUUGGAUCAACGGGAAGGCCGGGUCCGGAAAAUCAACGUUGAUGAAGUAUCUUUAUCAAGAUCCCCGGGUCAUGGAUUUGCUACAUCUUUGGGCUGGAGGCGAUCGUCUCAUUGUUGCUGACUUCUACUUUUGGAGUUCAGGUGCUGGAAUCCAAAGGUCGCAGGAAGGCCUCUUGCGUUCACUGCUCUGGCAAGUGCUCGGUCAGGACAUAUCUCUAGCCUCCACACUAUUUGCGGAACAAUAUCUACUCGACGCCGAUUGGGACGAAUUCCCAACGUUUCACCAGCUUCGACGAGCGUUUAGAAGGCUCGUGAAUCAUCCUUUCAAAUCGACGAAGAUCGUAAUGGUAGUCGACGGUUUAGACGAAUUCGAUGCUCAACGAAUCACGAUGACCGAGCUUGGGGAGAUGUUCAUCACUGCCACGAAACGUGGCAAGAUCAAAGCCCUACUAUCGAGCAGGCCACUUACGGAAUUUACGGACUGCUUCGUUGGUCAGCCACAACUGAAGCUCCAGCAGCUCACUCAAAACGAUAUUACAACGUAUGUGGAUGACAGCUUAUCCGUACAUCCUCAGAUGAUGCAUCUGAAAACCAAGAACAAAGACGAUGUCAAAGCCCUUGUGGAAGAAAUUGUCAGCUCAGCCUCUGGUGUUUUCUUAUGGGUCAAACUUGUAGUGAAGUCUCUCCUCCAAGGGCUACAGAACGGCGACAAGAUCGAAGAUCUUCAGUUACGGCUCCGAGUUUUACCGCAGGAUCUUGAAGCGCUUUUCAUGCACAUGCUGAGUAAUGUACCUUCAUUGUACAAGUCGCAAGCCGCAUGCAUAUUUCAAAUCCUUCGGUGCAACGACGAAGGCCACCAGCAGUCGUCUAUAAUGGGAAGAACUUCUGCAGGGCCACUGUCCGCCGUCAGAUUGUCUUAUGCAGAAGCCAAAACCAUGGAGAUCAUAAGUGCGAAAAUCUCUCCCUUGUCAGACGAAGAACUCGAAAAGAUCGAGAUCACCACAGACCGUCGACUCAAAAGCCGUUGCGCAGGUCUCCUAGAGCUCCGGACGCGAUUCAAUUAUCAACAAGAGCACACAGGUCAGGACGAAUCACGUCAGGAGCACUUCGAUAAAUUCUUGGCCGGCGAUGCUGAGGCUACGGAUAAUAUGAAGGAGCGCUUCAAAUCGCGAACAGCGAGUGGGAACGAAACAGUUUCGGCGGAAACACUGGCUCAGCUGAAACUGGAUGUCAUCGAAUUGAAAGGAAUGAUCACCAAGAGGAACAAGGUCGCAAACAUGACUUCGAGGAUACUUGGUGAACGGGUUACGCUGCGUGUAAGACGUUUGCUUGGGAGAGGCCACAAGUAA